AUGGUCAGCUCUUGGUGUGGCUCCGUCUGCUCUGAGCAGGGCUGUGGCCAGGACAGCUGCUGCCGGCCCAGCUGUUUCCAGACCACGUGCUGCAGGACCACCUGCCGCCGCCCCAGCUGCUGCGUGUCCAGCUGCUGCAGGCCCCAGUGCUGCCAGCCCAGCUGCUGCAGACCCAGCUGCUGCAGACCCACCUGCUGCGUCUCUAGUUGUUACAGGUCAAUCUGCUGCCAGCCCAGCUGCUGCCAACCCACCUGCUGUAGGACUAUCUGCUUCUGCCCCAGCUGCUGUGUGUCCAGCUGUGGUAGGCCCCAGUCCUGCAUUUCCACCUGCUGCCACCCCACCUGCUGCAGACCUUCUUGCUGCAUCUCCAGCUGUUGCAGGCCCCAGUGCUGCCAGCCCAGCUGCUGCAGGCCCAGCUGCUGCAUCUCUAGCUGCUGCCGCCCCUCCUGCUGCCUGACCACCUGCUGCCGCCCAGUUUUCUCUAGUGGUUCUUGCUGCUGAGCUCUCUGACCUCCACGCUCGUGUUCUUCCUCAGCAGCCAUUCCUGAUGUAGCUUAUUUUGGCCUCACCAUAAGAGCCCAAGUUUAGAACCCAGGACCAAAUGGGAUUGACUUUGGCGUUUAGAUAUACUCUCUCCUCCCCUGAGGUUAUUAUCUCUAACAAAUGAAUGUAUGUUUGAAUUUUUUCUGAAAUCUCUCAACCAUCAUGGGAAUGCUUGUUCUACCUCAUAUUUUCUGAAGUGGAGAUACUCCAAUAUUUUUAAUAAAUCCAG